CCGUCUUCAUCAUUCAAGUGUCGAUCAGAGAGAAAAGACUCCCCUGAUUAUUCCUUGCCAGCAUCACAUCGCCACUUUACUUAUCAGACACCACCACAAGCAAAUCCAUCAUCAAGGCCGUCAUUUUACAGAGGGGGCGGUCCGUUCAGCUGGCCUUUGGAUAGUCGGAGGGAAGAAAAGAGUAAGCAGCAUCAUUCACCAAUGCAUAACGUGCAGAAGGCUCAGAGCUCCACUCAGUAUCCAGAAAAUGGCUGAUCUGCCAUCUGAUCGUCUUUCAACCGAUCCUCCAUUCUCUAGUGUGGGUCUUGAUGUGUUCGGCCCAUGGAACGUCUCCUCACGUAAGACCAGGGGCGGCUUCGCUCAAAGUAAAAGGUGGGCAGUGAUUUUUACGUGCAUGAGCAUAAGAGCUGUGCACAUUGAAGUCAUAGAAUCCCUUGACACCUCUAGCUUCAUCAACGCGCUACGGCGCUUUCUUUCAAUGCGUGGGCCGGUCAAAUACAUUCGUUCCGACCGUGGCACGAACUUCAUAGGUGCCUGUAAGGAACUCAAGAUAGCCUCAAACAUUGACAGCACUGCCGUAAAGACUUACCUCUCAGACAAGGGCUGCAUCUGGUCUUUUAACCCCCCCCAUGCAUCUCAUUGGGGUGGUUCAUGGGAGAGAAUGAUAGGGCUGGCAAGGAGGAUUCUGGAUGCAAUGUUCCUCCAGCUGAAAGACAAGCUCACCCACGAAGUGCUGGUGACUUUCAUGGCAGAAGUCGCUGCUAUCAUCAACGCCAGACCACUUGUUCCAGUGACAAUGGACCCUGAGGACUCGUUUAUACUCACGCCAGCUGCUCUUCUCACACAAAAGACAAGCAGUGUGCCUGCUCCUGCUGGUGAGUUUGGAGUCACAGACCUCUACAAGUCCCAGUGGCGGCAGGUUCAACACCUGUCCAACACCUUCUGGGACCGCUGGAGGAAACAAUUCCUCCCAACAUUGCAGGCCCGCAAGAAAUGGCAGUCCACUCAGCCGAACAUUCAGCCUGGAAGCGUUGUUCUCCUUAAGGACAGCCAAGCACCUAGGAAUGAAUGGCCUCUCGGACUGAUCACACAGGCCUUCCCUAGCAAGGAUGGGAAAGUGCGCCAGGUUGAGGUAAAAAUCUUCAAACCAGGCGGGUCUGGCCUCUUUCUCCGGCCGGUCAAUGAAAUUGUUCUCCUUCUACCUCCAGAGGCACAGUAGAUGGACUGUUAAAAAAAAAA